AAAAAAGCGCUCGCGUGUGGUGUGUUUUGUUGAUGAUGAGAUGGAUGUGACUGACGGGAGCUCCCGUGCCGCUGGAGAACAACAGCAGAUCCUGCAGACCAAACUCAAGAUGUGUUCAGUCAAACUCAUCGACUGCAGGAACCUCGUGAAGAAGAUGAGAAGAGAAACCACAGCAGAAGAUCAAACUGAGGAAGAAGAGGUUUUUAUUUCUUCAGAUGUGAAGAGUGUUUCAUGUUUAGGUAGAGAAAUAACGUCAUCAAUAAAACGACGGACAGCACAACCUCUUUCCUGCAUCACCUGUGGAAAGACAUUCAGCUUACAGAGACACUUAAAGAGACAUGAGAGAAAACACAGAGAAUAUGAACUCUUCAGCUGCAGGAGAUGUGAGAUUAGCUUUACUACCUUACAAGAAAAGGAACUUCAUUCACAAGAGCACAAAGAGAAGAAGAUCAAGUUUGACUGUCAGCAGUGUGGAAAGGUUUGUCUCAUCUUAUCUCAGUUGAAACGCCACAUGAGGACACACAUUGAUGAAAAGCCUUUUCACUGCACUGAAUGUGGCAAAUAUUUCAGCACUGAAGAAUAUCUUGAUGCUCAUAAGAAAAUUCACACAGGAGGAAAACCACACAAGUGUCCUCACUGUGAGAAGAGAUUCUUCCAAAAAGCCAAUAUGAAGAGACACAUGCGUUUACACACCAAUGAGAAACCGUAUCAGUGCAGUGAAUGUCACAAGUUCUUUAGAGAUUCAGAUUCUUUAAAAGUGCACCAGAAAAUUCACUCUGAGGAGAAACACUAUUAUUGUUUACACUGUGAUAAACGUUUCACUCUUAAAUCUAAUCUGAUAGUCCAUGAGAGAGUUCACACUGGAGAGAAACCUUAUCACUGUACUGUUUGUGGGAAGAGUUUUAAGCAACAUUGCAGUUUAGUGACGCACCAGAAAACUCAUACAGGUGAAAAACCUUACAAAUGCUCUCAUUGUGAGAAGACGUUUGCUCGAUCAGAACACUUAAAAGUCCAUGAGAGAGUUCACACAAGAGAGAAACCUUACGUCUGUUCUCAAUGUGGAAAGAGCUUCUCUGAUCCAUCUAGUUUUAAAGUUCAUCAUAGACUUCACACUGGAGAGAAACCUUAUCACUGUAAUGUUUGUGGGAGGAGUUUUAAUCAAAGUGGCGGUUUAGUGUCACACCAGAGAACUCAUACAGGUGAAAAACCUUUUCACUGUAGUUUCUGUGGGAAGAGUUUUUCUCAAAGUUGUGCACUAUUGUCACACCAGAAAAUUCAUACAGGUGAAAAACCUUACAAAUGCUCUAAGUGUGAGAAGACGUUUGCUAAGUCAUAUUCCUUAAAAGUCCAUGAGAGACUUCACACUGGAAACAAACCUUACGUCUGCUUGAUCUGUGGAAAGGGCUUCUCUCAAUCAUCUCAAGCUAUAGUUCAUAAGAGAAUUCACACUGGAGAGAAACCUCAUCCCUGUAAUGUUUGUGGGAAGAGUUUUAGGCAACGGACUAACUUAGUGAAGCACCAGAGAAUUCAUACAGGUGAAAAACCUUACAAAUGCUCUUAUUGUGACAAAACGUUUACUCGUUUAUUUUCCGUAAAAUCCCAUGAGAGGGUUCACACUGGAGAGAAACCUUACGUCUGCUCGAUCUGUGGAGAGAAAUUCGGUUAUUCUACAAGUCUUCAACAUCAUCAGAAGAAACAUACUGAAGAACAGACUACACUGAAAUCAUCGUAGUGUCUUAAAGUCUUUACACAGUGGCGUUGAUUAUCCCUUAAAUAUUCAUUUAUUUUAUUAUUCACUUUUAUUCUUGUUUUUUAUUACACGGCUCCCUAAAAUGCUAGAUUAGAUACAUUAUCCCUUACAUAUUAUCUGCAUUUGAUUCAAUCUAGUUAUUUUAUUCUUAAUAUUCUUUCAAUUUUAUUUUGGCAAUGUAUAUUUUUUAAUGCUAAUUUGAGUCUUCAAUGGUCUCCAUCUCAAGGUUUUUUAUUAACGUCAUGAGAAUAUUGUGAUGUCCACUGUCUGUGUUUGGUACAAUAACACCUCCUAAAUCUGCUUCUAGUCAGACAAAGUUAGUCAGAGCAUCGUAUUCAAUAAAGCAUCUU